CCUUGACACAGAUGAUAGCGACUUGGACGGCGCACCUGCUUCUGCCAUGCCAUCAGAUGACCCCAGUAAUUUACACGCCGUAGCGUCAGAACUAUCGUCAAUGGAGCCGAUUCCUGCUACAGAAAUCACUUCAGCAAAUACGGAAAUAGAUGACACGCCACUGGGUUACCGGUCACUGGUUAAAGCACCAACACUUGAAAGAUCAGUUGAGGAGGCUCGGAAACAGUACAUGAUUUUGAAACAAAAAGCCAAGGAUAAAUUGGAUUCCAUCCGAUCGUCCAAACCUUCUGAUGACAACAAGCCGAUGUCACCAAUACAUGCACCACCAGAGCAUCCGAACUUUUUUUCAAGCUCAGGAACAUACAUGUCCCAAUCCGACAAGAUUUUGGAGUCUAACAAGGGUGUGGAAGGACUAGAUAUGGACGACAGUGACCCAGACACCGAUAGAAGGUAUGAUGUUACAACAAAGUAUGGAAAUGGGAAAAAUCAAUCUCCGGAUGGCAAAGGAGGACAAUUCAAUCAAGCCCAAAGGAAUAAACAUCACUUUCAUGGGCCACGUGUCUCCGCCACUCGAGGGGAAACAGCCAAUAAAGCUAAGGCACAUUAUGUACAAGCACUUUCGAGAACAGAUCCUGACCUUGGACGAUAUGAAAGAGAAAAAACUUUGUUAGAAAUCGUUAAACUUGGAGAAGAGAUCCAGUACUACAAAGGGAGACAACGUUUGCUUGAAGACGAAAAGGAGAUAUUUAAGCUUAAAAGGGAAAAAUCGAGAAUAGAGAUCGAGAUCCUAGAAAAACGGUUGCUGGGUCACAUCAAACAAUUCCGCUUAUGA